UCAAAUCUUCUUGUAGGAUGUGAUGGAUGAGUUAGCUGAUAUUCGUGAGAAGAAACGUAAAGCUACGUUAGAACAAAGACGAUCCUUUUUCGUUCGUAUGGUGUCUGAUCCUGCUAUACAACCUGGGUUUACUAAAACACCAAAUAGAACCGGAGCAAAACUUGAUACUCAAGCAACGAUUGGUGGUAUUGGAACUAACUCCCAAACUGGAACACGUUCAUGGAUAUCUUGGCCACUGGCAUAUUUGAAGCACGCAAGAGAUGGUACUGAUACAAGCGAGUUAUCCUUAAGAUUCCGACAUUUGGAUACAAUGGUAAGAUUGAAAGCAAGUGGUGCUGGAAGUAGACGCGGUAGCAGCAAUGGAUGUAGUCCAGAACCAUCGCCUACAGCUUCACCAUCUCGUGGAAGAUCACCUAAUGGCAGAACGUAA